AUGGACCAUCAAACGGAGCCAAGGCCUAGAUAUGAUAUUGUUCCCCCGCCGUAUCCACUGCCGGGGCCCGCACGGCCGGAGAUCUCUGCCCCUUUGAAUCCUGCAGGCAGGAACCAAGGCAUGUUUGUCAACCAACAGUUCGAAACAAGGCAUCGAUGCGGUGUUUGUGGACGAUACAGAUCGCCAGCGUACCAUCAUCGCCAUCCAAUCCCAUCUGGACAAGCCCUGGCUAUUGGCGUUUGUCACAAGUGUCGGGACUUGCAGACAUCCAGUGAUGAGAGUUCUAGCGAAAGUAUUGCCCGCAAGCGAAAGUGGCGGGGUAAACGCAACCGAAGGAAUAAGAAUGGUUGCAGCGCCGACAAGAACAGUGGAUGCCUUCAUUAUCACGAUCAGGAGAUAUUGCGCCACGGAAAGAGCGAAACGUGCCCUGUAUCAUCCGAUGUCCAUCGGGAUAUGAACUGCCCGCAUAAUGCACAUUCUUGCCACGAUCCUAAGAAGCCUUGUGAUAUUCCCAAGUGUUGCUUUGAUAUUCGCCCCAGUACUAAAGAACGCCAUAUUCAUCAUGCUUUAUACACUGAGACACCCCCACGGCGUAUGAAUUACGGCAAUAGUCAUGUCUAUUCAUAUCAAUCGCCUCCAGCGCGCGUAGCAAAUGAGUCCUCACCGGCCGAUGUCGACUUAUAUCCGUCGCAAUUCUACCCGCCGCGAGAUCGGCAAGGUGAACCCCAAAUUCCCGCUAGGGUGGAUCACGGGCAUUAUAGAGGCCGAGAACGUCGACGGCGUUCUUCUGUUAGUGGAGACCGAUGUCGUCGUGAUAGGGAGCCGCCUAGACGUGACAGAGGACAGCAGGUCCAGUUUACAGACGAUGAGGGGUCUGAUUCAGGGUAUAGAUCUCGCUCUUAUAAUCGGCGUCGCGGACGGCGAGUGUUUUCUGGACGGCCAUAUCCUCGACAUCCAAGAGACAAUUCAAUCCGUGUCACUCGAGGAACAAUGCCGAUUCCGCCAAUGACGAGAUCUCGCGUAGCCCCUAACGAGCCGUGGACACAUGAUACCCAUUAUCUAGAAAGCUCAGGAGUGCCUUUUAUGGGUGAUGUAGUGUAUGAAACCCAUCCAUAUGGUCUUUCAAAUCGCGGCCCGAAGGCCACUUACAGAUACCGCCCGGCCAGCCCGUCAUUUUAUCCUGGACUUCACCCCAUGACAUCACAUUAUACGGCACCGCCAGUCUGGGGUGCGUAUCAUCGCCCAGAGUAUAGGUCUCACCAGGAUUUCGCGUAUUGAUUUUGUACACCCUUGCGUCAGACGUGAAAGGGUCAGCAACGGUACGCAGAGGUGAAAAUCGCUUGGUAUUAUCAUAUUCUUAGAGGAUCGUAAUAUGAACUCAUCGUUACUCUGC